UCAGACCGCAGGAACUGCUGGAAUGGGAGCUGGUUGUCCUGGGAAAGUUGAAGUGGAACCUGGCUGCUGUCACUCCCAAUGACUUUAUUGAGCAUAUUAUGAGGAAACUUCCGCUUCCUGAGGAUAAGCUGGACCUGAUCCGUAAACACGUUCAGACUUUCAUUGCUCUUUGUGCAACAGAUUUCAACUUUGCAAUGUACCCUCCAUCCAUGAUCGCAACGGGCAGUGUGGCAGCGGCUAUCUGUGGCCUUCAGCUCAACAGCACUAACCGCUCGUUGUGGGGAGAAAAUCUUACAAAGUUGCUUGCCAAGAUCACAAACACAGAAGUUGAUGUGCUAAAGGCAUGCCAGGAGCAGAUUGAAAGAGUGCUGAUGAAUAACUUGAGGGAAGGCCGCAGGCAGCAGCAGAAACAACAGCAGCAGCAGGAACAGGGUGGACCCCGCAGCAAAGCACUUGAUGACCAGGACCAGUCCAGCACCCCCACCGAUGUACGAGACAUAAAUUUGUGAGGCUGCUGCAGGAACGCCGUGAUCAGUCUUCAAGAAAAAAAAAACAACAAAAAACAAAAACGACAAAAAAACAAACAACCCCAACAAAAAGUGCUUGCUAGUCUUUGUAGAGUUUGUCUUCAUUUUUCAGUACAAUUGCUCCUGAUAAUUACAAAAAAAGACAAAAAAUAAAUAAAUCAAAGCUAUUUUAGAUUAAAAAAAAAGUUUUAAUAUUUUUUAAAAGAUUUGAUACUGAUGCAAAAGGUUCUAUGGUGCCUCAGACUCUUAGAAGGGAAGCGUGUAGUAUUUUACAAACUCUUUUGAUUGUGUAAACAUAAUAAUAUGAUAUUUAAUGCAAAACAGAUGUGUAAAGGGCUUUUUAAAAUAGAGAGUCUACUGUAUCAGACUGGCAUAAAAGGGUACAAAUGUGGGGCAAUGUUUUUCCUGUUUUGUUGUGUUUUUUUUUUGUUUUGUUUUGUUUUUUUGGUUCAUGUUGGAAUGCCUGAACUUGAACACACAAAGUGCCAUGAGGCUGUUAAAUGGAUGCACCCAAGUGUGCAUUAGGACCAGAAAAAGGGAUUAAAUUGCAGCAAUGAGACAGAAGUCUUGCUCACAGAAUGUAUGUGUCUUUUGCAAGGACAACGGGGGCUUAUGUAAUGAGAAUAGACAAUUAUAAUUAUUUUAUUAAUAUAAUAAUUAUUAUUAUUAUUAAACAAGCAAGUUAUUGUCUCUCAGUGCUAAAGUUACAGACACUUCAAAUAAGCUUUUGUCAAGCUGCUCGUGUGCAUGCAUUUAUGUGUGGUGUAUGUUGGCUCAUGUACAAGUGUGUACAAGUUACUCUAUAUCAGGCACUCUUGUGGGCUUUGUUUAAUCAUCUAUCUGCAAGUGUUGGCAAUAGAGACUGGCUCAGGGGUGGGGACCCAGUCAAAGUUCUGGACAGGUGAUAGCAAAGGUUUUUUCCACAGUGCUUUUGCCGGCUUUGAGGGCCUCCUGUAUCAGUGCCGUAUAUGAAAUGCUUUUAUUUACUGGCCUGGAAAAUGCUUGAGGGCUGAGCCCAAUCCAGUGCACAGAACAAGAGGAGGCAAGAAAAGGGAGCGGACAGAGACAGGUAUGUUCCCACAUACCUUCUUAAAGUUGUGGAUAAGGUUGCUUUUGGUUGCAGCAUCCGACUAAAUAUUACAAUUGUAUUGGAUACAGACAGUCUAUUACGUAUUUACGUAUUUUGUUGUGUGUGUGUGUUGAAGGAGGUUGAUUUGUGUUAGCAAAAAGUUGGUCCCUGUCAGGGACAAAGAGGUCAGCUGUGGAGGUCUGGAUUUGCAAACAAGUGUGUGUAAAUUCUGCAAGCAGUAAAGGAAUGUGCAUGCAAGAAUGAUCGAGGAUGAUGAUUGUAAAAUGAUGAUGAAGCCUGGUUGGUUUGCGAUGUGAAGCAUGCUGCUGAAAGGAGGAUACUGAUAUGGAGUUAGGAGAAGCCAGGAGAAAAACAGCCAUGGUUUCCAGAAAUCACAUGAUAUUUAAGAUGUCUGUCUGUUUGUCUGUUUUUAUUUUUGUUUGUCUUGUAGGUGUAUGUAUCAUCUUUGAAUUACAGACCAGUAUCUACACCAGUUUGAUUGGCACUGCCAGCUCAUAACUGGGAAGGUAUGAUGCAAGGAUGAUGAGUGGCGUAGGUUAACAAUUAUUGAUCUGAGCGUCUUUACUCCAUCGCUUUCAACAAAGAAGUAUUUUGAGAGCAUUUUUCCCAUGAGCAACAAAUAGUUAUAGUUAAGGAGUAAUUUUUUUUAUUUCAUUUUUUUAUCAUUUCCUUUUUGGGCUGGUUUCCCAUGUUUAGAUCAUGGCAUGGUUCGGUUCAUCAUAGAGUUAAAGCAUUGUAAAUUGGUGCUUUCCAAUGUUGAAAAUGUUCACAUUAUGACAAUAACAGCAACAAAAUAAUAACAAUAAUUAAACAAAUUAAUAAAAAAGACCAAAAGACAGAAACCAUUCAGAUUAAAAUGGAAGAGUAAUAUGUUUGUUGAUUUGCACGCUCUAAGGGCAGUUUUCUUGAAAUUAGUAAAGAACUAGAUUUACUGCACCAUUGCAGAAAAACAGUUCAAUAUAGUGCCUUGAGUCUAAUGUAGACGUUCACCCUGUGUUGCCAUACAUUGGUCAGGCCGCUUAACCAUAAGAUCCACUACCCAGUCAUCCAAAAUAUGCUGCUUCCAAAGGUUGAACUGGCAUGGGUUUUGAUAACUUUCACAAAAGUCAGUGGCUAAAAACAGGGUGCAUCAGCAGCACAAUACAGCUAUUAUAUGCUGAAUUCUCAUAGCUUACCUUAAAAAGGGGCAGUCGAGCUUAAGUUUGUCUACGUGUAUGUGUGUGUUUGUGUGCAUGUCUUUCUGUGGGUAAAGGAGUCUGUGAGGAGUUGUACUCAUCAUAAAUUUCCUUGCUUCAGAAAUAGUUCUUAGUAACGCUUGAGUUUCACAAGUCACGUUUACUCCAUCCUCACACCAAAACCCCCAGUCAAUCAUGUUGUAUUAAGUUAGUCUGUCUUAUUAUUUUCCCAGUUCUGCUCUGAAAAUGAAUUACAGUACUGUUAUCAGAUUGUAUGGGUGGCUGUGUGCUUUGACUUUGAAUAAGGACCCAAGUUACAUUCCUUAAGGGGUAUGAUACUGUAUUCCAAAGUAAUGAGAGAUGGAAAGGGUGUGAAGACAUCAAUCAAGUGUCAAUAUUGUUAUUGAGUUAUUAUUGGGUUUUUUCGCUGCUAAAAAGCUAUGAUUUUUUGUUUCAUCUUAUACACAAAAAUAACAUUACAUAGUUGUGAUUUCACAUCAGUGUGCUGCUAUUUUAUAAACAAUUGUAUUAUAAUUAUUUUACUGCUUACAGAAUACUUUGAGAAUACAGAAGUAGAGGGUAAAAGAAGAACAUGAAAUGAGUAUUCGACUGGAAAUGCUCUUUGUACAGUGUGCUCUUAUUAAGGCAUGUUUCUUUACCUUUUAAUAUUUUUCUUCCUCUUCUUUCUGUCACAUUCUGUAAGCGUGGUAUCUCUAUACCUCAGGUUUACUGGAUAUAAAGACUUUCCCAUUACCUCACACCACUCACAAACAGUUUUUCUGGAACCUGGAAAUGACAGCACAUGAAAGAGUUUAUGACGUCUUUGUUGUGUCUGAUCAACAAGGCUUCCACAUGGACUUCAGAAAUAGUGGAUGGAGGAGAGAAGAAAAGAUUUUUGUGGAUUAUGUUGUUGAGAACGCACCUGCCCUCAUUUUUAGAAGUUUUUACGCUGUUUAAUAUUCUCAAGAACAAUGUCUUAUGUACUCUGCCCAUAUCGAUGGAUGUAAAGUUGUAAAUAUUGACUAAGACUAAGUCACUGGUUAUCAACAACAUUAAGAAAAGCUCUCCUCCUUCCACUAUAAACCAGAUCAUGUACCUCAGUUAUGUCUGUUGCACAACCUCUGAUCAAUAAAUAUUUGCUUUAAAGAAU